CCCCGCCCCGCACUGAGCGCGGCCGGCGCUGCCCACCGACGCGGGGCACAGAGGACGGCCCGCAGCUCGGGGAGAGCCAGGCGCCCCGGCGGGGGUCGAGGCCCAGGCGCCCAGGCCGGCGCGCAUCGCUCCCCCCCUUUCGCGUCGCGGACCCCGCGGUACUCGCAGCCGGAGUGACCCUGGGUGGUCGCCGACGCCGCGGCAGGAAAGGAAACAGACUUAACUGAGGAUGUCUGAAAACCUUGACAAGUCCCAUGUAGACGAAGCAGGAGAGGCAGAGGCGGCUGCCUCCGAGCAAGGCCUGGAAGGUGCUCUGGAGUGCUCUGAUGAAACCUUACAGAAAAAAGUGAAGUCGGACUCACCUAGUUCCCAAAGAGUGGGAAGACCUCACUCCAGUCCCGCUCGGCUUGUCACUGUAGAGGAACUUCUAGAAACAGCAAAAGGAGUCACCAACAUGGCUCUGGCCCAUGAAAUUGUAGUAACUGGAGACUUCCGGAUUAACGCUGUUGAAUUAGCCGAAGGCAGCUUGGAGAAGAGAGUAAAAGAGAUUGUACAUAAAGCAUUCUGGGAUUGCUUGAGUGUCCAGUUAAGUGAAGAGCCCCCAACAUAUGACCAUGCCAUCAAACUUGUAGGAGAGAUCAAAGAGACUCUGUUAUCUUUCUUGCUGCCUGGUCACACUAGACUAAGAAACCAGAUAACGGAAGUCUUGGAUCUGGAGCUGAUAAAACAAGAAGCAGAGAAUGGGGCCCUAGACAUUUCCAAGCUGGCAGAGUUCAUUAUUGGCAUGAUGGGGAUAUUGUGUGCACCUGCUCGAGAUGAGGAAGUUAAAAAACUAAAGGGCAUUAAGGAAAUAGUGCCUCUCUUCAGGGCAAUAUUUUCUGUGUUGGACCUAAUGAAAGUUGACAUGGCCAACUUCGCCAUCAGUAGCAUUAGGCCGCACCUCAUGCAGCAGUCAGUCGAGUAUGAGAGGAGGAAGUUUCAGGAAGUGCUGGAGAGGCAGCCGAACUCCCUGGACUUUGCCACACAGUGGCUGGAAGAGGCCACAAAUGACCUUUUGAGUCAGAAGUACAAACAUGCCCUGCCAGCUGGGGGAGGCGCUGCUGGCUCUGGGGAUGCCCCACUCCUGACCCCUGUUUCUGUCCAGAAUUUCGCCUACCUGAAGCUUCUGAAAUGGGACCACUUCCAGAGACCUUUCCCUGAGACAGUUUUGAUGGACCAGUCUCGUUUCCAAGAGCUCCAGCUCCAGCUGGAGCAGCUGGCCGUCCUGGGAGCCGUGCUGCUGGUCACGUUCAGUACCGCUGCACCGGGAAUUUCUGGGCAUGCCGACUUUGCCGAGAAGCUCAAGAUGAUGGUGAAGACUCUGCUAACGGACAUGCAUCUGCCUUCCUUCCAUCUGGAGGACGCCCUGGCUUCCAUUGGCGAGAAGGUGUGCCUGGAGGUGAGCAGCUGCCUCUCCCUGUGUGGCUCCUCCCCAUUCUCCGUUGCUAAGGAGACCGUGCUCAAGGGCCAGAUUCAGGCCCUCGCCAGUCCCGAGGACCCCAUUCGCAGGAUCAUGGAGUCCCGCAUUUUCACCUUCUUGGAGACAUACCUUGCCUCUGGUCAUCAGAAGCCCCUGCCUACUGUGCCUGGGGGAUUGGGUCCCAUUCAGAAAGAGCUGGAAGAAGUUGCUGUGAAAUUUGUGCGCCUGGUCAACUAUAACAAGAUGGUGUUCUGUCCCUACUACGAUGCAAUCCUUAGUAAGCUCCUCCUCCGCUCCUGAGGCGCGCAGCUGCCACAGCAGCUCUCAUCUCCUGAGACCCCGCUCGCUCGCCCUCGCAGUGCUGUGCCGGGCUUCGGAGAAUGGCGGCCUACGGUACAUUCCUGAUUAAUAGCGCUGAUUCCACGGGACUGAAGGAUGCACUGGAUUCUGUUUUGAGGACCGUAUGUAUGAGUGCAAGUUUACAAACCUAAGGAGCUUUGGUUCUCUUGAGUAGGAGCUCAGAGCCUUCAACAGUUGGCUGCCUCUGUCUCAGCCUCUGCCUCCUCAGAUUGGAGGAGCCGCUUCUCCCAAGAAACCCGAGACAGUUGUCUCUCAAAAGUCAUUCUUUCUCAGAUGCUCUGUGCCCGCAUCAUAAGCCAAGAUUUGUCCUCUUGUCCCGUUUACAGCCUCCCUCGCACUACUCUUCCUGUGGGUGCUUUAUGGCAGGGCUGUCUAUAGCCUUACAGGGUCCUAACCGGCUCCUGCCCACUCUACCCAUUGAUUGCUUCCUGGGUCUGGCCUAACAGUGUUCCAGAGCCCUUUAGUCUACAGCAGAGUUACUUAAUAAUUUAUCUUCUAUUAUUACUGAAACAGCAUCUCUAUAUAUACUCCCCUGGCUGGUAUGGAACUUGCUUAUGUAAAACAGGCUGUCCCAGACUUCCAAUCCUCCUGCCUCUGCCUUACAAACGCUAGGGUUACAGGCCUCUGCCACCAUACCCAAUGGAUAGAACUUGAUUUUUAAAAGCUUGUUUUGUCAACUUGUAUGUAGUACAGUGGCCAGUGAUCGCCUAGCCUGCACGAGGCCCCGGGGUUGAUCUCCCGCAUCUAAACAACAAAGGAUGUACACACACACACACACACACACACACACCUGUAUUAAGAAGCCAUAAGCCCCUGGAGCUUCCGUUUUAAAAGGUAGAAGAAUUGUUUGUGCCCAGGAGCUCAGGAGCAGCUUAGGAACCAGAGAUUCCAACUUAAACUCAGGUGUGGUGGUGCACACCUUUAGUCCCAGUACUUGGAAGGCAGAGGGAGGUGAAUCUCUGAGUUCUAGACCAGUUUGGUCAAUAGAAGGAGGAGUUCCAGGCCAGCUAGGGAUACACAGAGAAACCCCGUCUCACAAAACGAAAUAGAAACGCUGUUCUUUCUACAGCAGUAUUCCUGAGCCUUGACUGUGGCAGUUAAAGCUGAUGAAGCCAGGCACGGGGACAUGCCAUAGCUGGUCUUUGCUACUUUGUGGGUUCUUCUAUUUCCCACCCUUUAUCCUCCCCUCCGCUUCUCCCCCUAACACUAGAGAGGAGAAAAAUAAGGAUUGGGCGGGCCCCUAAAUUUAAUCUUUCUUUUGUUUUCUUUUGACUGUGGCUACUAACAGACCACAACCGUUCUCCAUCUUCCUUUAAUGACCAGCAGCCACCCACCCUGCCUCUUGGUGCCCCAGUGUUUAUAUACCUUCUGAAAAGUUCCCAGAAUUCCAAACACCACGGUUAUAGACUUAACUUUCGUGAGAUAACUUUCCAAUUCUUAGAAACUGGGUUUAAACCUUUUGAAGUGGCCAUUCUGAGUGCCAGGAUUUUUAUGAAAUGAUAGUUUUAUUAGCUCCUGUGUCCACCAAACCUUCUAUUUCAAUAUCAUUUAAUUGCCAUUUUAAUUUUGGCUUCUGAUCAUUAACAGCUGUUUGCCAGAACAUAUAUUUUCCAGGACUUCCAAACCCUCCUGUUCAUUGUACUGGAAUAGUCUUUGAUGUAGGGAAACUAACAGCAGAGCGUCCUGUCACCUGUGUUAAAUUGUAUCUCUUUUCACAUAGGCUGGAAUUUUAACUUCUAUUUUGAAAUCUGAUCUAUAAUUCCUGGAUGCACAAUGAAUCUUUGGGAGGUCAAACCUCGCCUUUGCAAGACCCUCUCUACCGUUCCUGAUGGCAAAGGACCGUAAACUCCAGUAGUUGCUAUGUAACACUUGAGUUUUUCAGGAGAGUGAGAGGUUUGCCUGUGGCCUUUUCUAGAGCAGCACUGCCUACAGUACUGCUUAGUGAACAUCUAAUGCCUAGUGGAGGUUUCUUUGCUCAGCAUGCUGCCCCUUAGCUGAGAUGGCUUGUCAUUUCUGCUGCCAGACCCCAAAGGCCCUUUCCCAACUGUAAGAAUAUUCCCACCUUGGAUAUCUCUUUUGGAUCUGCAUUUCUGAACCCUGUGGCAGCUUUUGCCACCUUGCUUAUACACCCUGGGACGUGUAGGCCUUCUUUCUGCUUGAGAUUUAAGAAAACCAUUGCCCCUAGAAACUGCUCGCUCUGCUUCCCAGUGCAAAGUACUGUAUUUCUCAAAGUUAAUGGACUGGCCAUUAUGAGAUCUGAGGCUUUUGGUUUGGUCACAGUCUCUGCAAAUGACCGUAUUUACCACAGUUGAAGCACAGGGCAUUUUGAUUAUUGGAGACCACUAGCUAGAGCUUGACCUAUCAACAUGCUGUACAUUAGAACCAAUAUGGGUCAUAUCCCUUAUCAGUUCAUCCUCAGGCACUGCCCAUGUCUUUAAUGGUCUACUGUAGCUUUUGUUUAUUUUUGCUACUUUGUGUGGGAUCUGUGUGGGUUCUUUCUCCAAACGGUAUCUUCUCUGGCUAGGAGCAGCUUCUCCGACUCACCCUCCUCUCCAGCCCUACUCAGUCUUCUCUCUUCUGCAUCACCUGUCUUCUGUGAUCUUUCUCUUUCCCUCUACUCCCAUUCUCUCUCUCCAAUCCUACUCCUGUCUCCUGGACUCCUUCCCAGCCUUUGCUGGCUUUUUAUAUCCUCUUCUGUUCCCAGAAGUACAGGAGGACACCAACACUAACAGCCAAGCAGUUCUAACAGGUAAGCAUUCCCAGAGAGCAGUUGACUAGCGGGGGAUCCUUUAAAGGGCCAGGCACACAAAAGAAAUCAUAUUAUUUCCCCUCUUUGUUUUAGCUACUAAUUAUGCAGUUUUGAAGCUGUUUCUCCAUUCUUUCCAAUGUCUUUCCCAGGGUUCUCAGGUAUCUGAUGUGAUCUUUCUGUUGAUUCCUCAGGAGCAUACGCACAACUGAGUGAGGUAAAAACCUAACAGCGAUGCUUCUCUUUCCUGUAAUGUGGAUACCGCUUCUUGAACAUUUUAUGCUCCUGGACUAUCUCAUCUUCUAGCAUCUUGUGUUCUGGAGUCCCUCACUGAAGUCUCUAAACCUCUGCCCUUGUUCUAUGAGCUUUUGGCUUGCAGCCCCAACUUGGGCAUGCAAGAUGCAGUAUUCAGUAUGGUCUGUCUUAAGUCCUGCUCAUAGGCCUGCUGCUGCUCUGCCCUGUGGUUGGCUCUGCAUUGCAGGAGGCCAGAGUCCUGCUCAUAGGCCUGUCAGUGGUUGGGAGCUGAGUGUUUCUUGCCCAGGCUUCUCUGGCUGGCAGGGGAAGGCAGUGACUUGUCAGGCUCUCCUUCUUUGCUCUUUUUAGGGUCAGUGGCCAAGGUUUUCAGAAGACCUCUCCUCAAUUCACAGCUUUUCAUUUCCUGUGGAAAUAUAAACAAAUUUGUGUCUCCAAUGCAAACCCUUCACUGACUUCCUUCCAUUCUGAUUUUACUACAUCCUUAGAGUGUAUAGGCUGACUUAAUGCCACAGUUUUUUUUCUAUAACUCAGUGUCUCUCAGCUGCUAUUAUUCCUUUCUUACUUUCAGAAAAUGUAAAGUUAACAGAGCACUGUUUAAUCCAUCCCUGAGUCUUUAUUCUUCCUCUUAGUUUUAUAAGCAUUUCUUUUAAAGUACAAUUAAAUCUUUCUACAACUGCUUGUUCUGUAGAAUUUUGUGGUAGACCUGUAAAGUACUUUAUAUUAUAAUGUGUAAAGAAUUGCUUCGUCUUACUGGAAACAUAUGUGGGGUAUUGUUUGUCUUAAUUCCUCCAGGUAUCCCCACAAUAGCCAUUCCUUCCAGUGUAUGUGUAAUUGCAGAAUCAGCUCUUUCAGAACUCAAAGCAGCUGUCCAUUGAAACCCUGUGUAUGAUAUGGUAUGAUGUGAUGUACAAACUUUAGUUUUCUUUUCUUUUUUAAAGAUCUAUUUAUUAUUAUACAUAAGUACACUGUAGCUGACUUUAGACGUACCAGAAGAGGGUGUCAGAUCUCAGUAUGGGUGGUUGUGAGUCACCAUAUGGUUGCUGGGAUUUGAACUCUAAGCAAGACUUCAAAAAGCAAGUUCACAGUGGAACUACUUACUCUUUGUUCACGUCCUCCUGUACUUUGUGCACACACUGAAAUCUGACCAUAUCCCUAGAUCACAAGAUCCAGGAACUCAGACCUAGGCUAGAAUGAAAUGCCUUCUUUGAUCAUUAACUUGUCCCAAGCCUGUUCUUUUCUCCCAAUUAUGUGCUUGUAAUUCAUGAAAGCUCCUAUUCCAACCCAUGCAGCCCUCACGAUCCUACAAGGGAAGGGGCACAUUCUACUCUUAGUUCUAAGUUAUUAUAUCUUUUUGGCAAAACAACUUAAACCAUUUCCUUAAAUUUUCUAUCAACUAUUCAACUUCUUAAAGCUAUUUAAGUCAUGAAUUCCACAAAGUUAUUAAUUCAUAUAAAAUAUGUUAUGAAAGUUCAUCUUCAUAUUGAUCUGCAGAAAAAUUGCCCAGUAGAGUGGGUAGUCGCCCAAGAAGCAAUCACACCAGACUGUGGACAGUGAGGGUCUCCUCACGCCCAUUCACACCAUGCUAGAUACAGGAGGAGCACAGCAAUGACAAGCAUGAGGAGGCACAGUGGCAGCAAGAAGCAAUCCAGAGACAGAACCCCCUCCCCCCCCCCCCCCCCCGGGGCUGUGCCUCUGCAGGAAGCUCACUUGCCUGAUGCAGUUCCUCCUGCAUGGCAGGAGGGCCAUUGCUCUAUCCAUACGGGCUUGGUCAGCCAUUUUAAGGGCAGAAACGUAGGGGUGUUGGUAUAACAUCAGCAGUGCCUCCUUUCCCCCACCCCUGCCCCAAAACAAACCUUACAAAUUUAGAAACUCAAUCCAUGUAAUGUCUGGUUUUGGAUAACCUGCGUAGUCUAUGGUUCUUUUUUGUUUCUCUCUCUCUCUCUCUCUCUCUCUCUCUCUCUCUCUCUCUCUCUCUCUGUUUUUGGAGACCGGGUUUCUCUGUGUAGCCCUGACUAUCCUGGAACUCACUCUGUAGACCAGGCUGGCCUCGAACUCCCAAGCACCACCACACUCGGUAUAGUCUGUGAUUCUUUUUUUUUUUUUCUUUAUUAGAUAUUUUCUUUAUUCACAUUUCAAAUGCCAUGCCAAAAGUUUCCUAUACCCUCCCCCCUCCCUGCUCCCCUACCCACCCACUCCCACUUCUUGGCCCUGGCGUUUCCCUGUACUGGGGCAUAUAAAGUUUGCAAGACCUAGGGGCCUCUCUUCCCAAUGAUGGCUGACUAGGCCAUCUUCUGCUACAUAUGCAGCUAGAGACACGAGCUCUCAGGGUACUGGUUAGUUCAUAUUGUUGUUCUACCUAUAGGGUUGCAGACCCCUUCAGCUCCUUGGGUGCUUUCUCUAGCUCCUCCAUUGGGGGCCCUGUGAUCCAUCCAAUAGCUGAAUGUGAGCAUCCACUUCUUUUUUUUUUUUUUUUUAAGAUUUAUUUAUUUUAUUUAUAUGAGUACACCAGAAGAGGGCAUCAGAUCUCAUUUCAGAUGGUUGUGAGCCACCAUGUGGUUGCUGGGACUUGAACUCAGGACCUCUGGAAGAGCAGUCAGUGCUCUUAAGCACUGAGCCAUCUCUCCAGCCCGAGCAUCUGCUUCUGUAUUUGCCAGGCACUGGCAUAGCCUCACAAGAGACAGCUAUAUCAGGAUCCUUUCAGCAAAAUCUUGCUGGCAUAUGCAAUAGUGUCUGGGUUUGGGGGCUGAUUAUGGGAUGGAUCCCAGGGUGGGGUAGUCUCUGGAUUGUCCAUCCUUUCAUCUUAGCUCCAAACUUUGUCUCUGUAACUCCUUCCAUGGGCAUUUUGUUCCCUAUUCUAAGGAGGAAUCAAGUAUCCACACGUUGGUCUUCCUUCUUCUUGAAUUUCUUGUGUUUUGCAAAUUGUAUCUUGAUAACAUUUUUCAACAUCUUCCCCAGAAGCAUCUUCCACUUGACCCAUUAUUUGAGGAAUUGUCUCUGAUAUUGAGGGGAUAUUAAUCUGAGUUCUGUUUCUCACUGCUCUAAUAAAUCUCAUUCCCAUAAAUUUAUUGUUAUGUCAGUCACAUAAGGCCCUAACUUUCCUAUUUGAUUUUCUGGCCCUACACAUUUAACCCAUCACACAAUUUGUUUUAUCUGAGAUAACUUCCCAAUUUCUAGAAACUGGGUAUAAAUCUGUUGAAGUGGCCAUUCUGAGUGGCAGGGUUUUUUGUGAAAUGAUUGUUGGGGUUUUGUGCACUUUGUAUUCAGAAGCUGAAUUGACCUGGCCCGUGUGUCAGUCAGUGGGGUCUGCAAGGGAAAGAGUGGGGAUAGAGGGGCAAGAGAUGUGAAGAAUGGAGACAAGACAGGUUAUUUCAAGCCGGGCAUGGUGGCGCACACCUUUAAUCCCAGCCCUUGGGAGGCAGAGGCAGGUGGAUUUCUGAGUUCGAGGCCAGCCUGGUCUACAAAGUGAGUUCCAGGACAGCCAGGGCUACACAGAGAAACCCUGUCUCGGGGGGGGGGGGGGGAAGACAGGCUAUUUCAAGUCUCGUUUAUUGAAAGGCAACUAUGGGUGUAUAAGCGCAGCUGGGGAGUGCCGCUGGAGACACGGAACCACAAGUCCAGGAUGUGCAGGAGAAAAACAGGGUGUUACCAGAGUGUGUUUAGCUGUGGUGGGCUGCUUGCAAAAACAUGAUAGGAAGACAAGUCUCUUGUCAGGGUGGAACGUCAGGGUGGAAAAGUACUAAUCUGUAAGUAAAUAACCCAAGAUGGAUGCAGAGAUGAUAGCCACUUUCUGCUAAGAGUCGGCUCCCAACACUGAAUUCUGAGACCCUAACCAGACUGUAACCUGACAUUGGGGCACUGUAUCAAUGUACUGUAAGUAAUGCUCCCUGAUAAUCCCCUGUUGGUUGGGGCUUGUGACUGGGCAGAAUGGAGGUCAGGACUGAGAGUUGAGUAUGAGCUCUUGAGAGAGAAGCCGGAGGUAAGAGUCACCAUUACAUGGGAUGGACCAUAAGAAGCCUGUGGCCAAGAGAAGUGAGUCCUGAGGAAGGGCUGGUGGAGCAGAAGCAGCCUGAGACACACCAGGUUGGCAGGUGAUUGGCAUUUGUGUGGGUUUUACAAGUGGAAGGGUUAGAAUAGCUCAAUGUGCCCAGCAUAAUGCCUACAACUUAUUAAUAAAGUAUAAUGUUUUUGUGUUGUUUACUUGAGAAUGCAUGGGCAAGAAGUGAGGUAGAAACUACCAAUAGAUGCUACGGAGUAAAAGGGGGUGUAAUAAUACUCCAGAAAAUGAUAGCAUUUAAUAAAUGGUUGUUACAUCAGCUACUGUAUCCACAAAAUCUAGUUCAAUGUCAUUCACUUGCAACUUUAAUUUUGGCCUCUGAUUAUUAACUGUUUGCCAGACACAUUUUUCAGUACUUCCAAAUGCUCCUGAUCUUUUUACUGGAUUGGCCUUGCCUUUGAUUUAAGGAAACAUUAACAGGUGAACACUCCUAUCACCUGUGUUAAAUUGCAUUUUUCUUUUUACAUAAGCCAUUCUUUUAAUUUCUCCUUUGAAAUAUACAGUGAAUCCUUGGGAGGUCAACUGCUUCUGAAUACCAUUUCUACUGUCCUUGAGGGCAAUGACCACACACUCCAGUAGCUACUUUAUAACAUUGAAUUUUGGGGAUAGUGUGAGAUGUUUAUCUCCGGCCAGCUUUAAAGCAACACUGUCUGCAGUAUCAUGCAUUAGAUUUGCAGUACUUAGUUGAGGUUUUUCUGCCUGCUUGUUAAUCUUUGGCUGAUAAGAGGCAAACAGAUCAUACUUUUUGCUGCAGGGCCAUGACCUAGGCCCCUCCAUUUUGUUUCCCAAUGGCAAAAAGUCGCUCUGUAUCUCUCUCUUGGCCCUAUACUCAUUUGUUCAGGGGCAACCCUUGCCGUAUCACCUGCACACUCCUGGAAAUCUAGGCCUUUCUUGUCUUUAGAAAAACUGUUGCCUUUAGAGAUGCCUUGUUUAGAAAUUUGUUUCAAAUGUCCACAUUUUCCACAAUUAAAGCACAGAACCUUUUAAAUUAAAGCACCAAAGACCUCUAGCUAUAGCUUGACCUAUUAGAUUGGCAUGGUACAUGUGAAAACCAACAUCAUUUAUAUUCUUUAUGCAUUUGUCCAUGGGCCCGUGCCUUCAGUGGUCUUCUCCUGUCUACUGACAAUAUCUUCUCUUGCUCAGUCUCCUCUCUAGCCCUACUCCGUCUUUCUUCCUACAUCACGUGUCUUCUCUGACUCUUCUCUCUCACCCUACUUUUCUCCUCUCUCUCCUAUCCUACUACAGUGUGUCCUGGACCCUAUUCCUCUUCUGCCAGCCUUUGCUGGCUUUUUAUUUCCUCUCCUGUUCCCACAAGACCAAGAGGAAACCAACACUAAAGGUCAUAGGGUUAAGCACUAAGUAUUUUCAGAGUCAGUUGACUAGCCAUGGGGGAUCCUUUAAGGGGCCAGGCACGCACAUCAUUCUACAGUUUCUAUCAACACCUACUUUGCAAGCCUUCACCUAGCAACUGAUCUUUUACUGUAUUCAUUCUGCUCGCUCUAUUUUGCUGUUCAAUAUUCAUGAUUUUUCCCCCUCUACCAUGUUAAUCAUUGCAACUGCAGACCAGUGUCUAGUACAGCUAUUACCAAUACCUUCCAAUCUUGGGGAAUAAUUUUUUUUUUUUAGUAGCUCAGUUAUUUAGGAAUUGUUUUGCAUCCCAUAUGAAAUCAUAGCCUUUUUAAAUGCCUUAGAUCUAUCAUUUCUAUAGGAUACCAUCCUAUCUUGUCAUAACCUUGUUCUAUAACAUUAGCAGGCACAUGCUGUAUGACUACUUAGAAAUUUGAUGAUCUCAUAACCCUGGGCCACUCCUCCUAUAACUCUGGAAGCACUGUUGGUUUGGCAUCAGCCCUUUGUUUUGAUCGGGUGAUUAUCAGGUUGUCUUCCUGCUUUUUCAGCUUUUCUCUGAGCAGACUGCCCCUCAGCACAGUUUUUCCUUCGUCUCUCCUGUGUGAAACUCAUUCUCAUGCUCACUCCCUGGGACUGAGCCUUUUUGUUUUCUUCCCCAGUGCUCCUUGCUUCUGAAGUGCUUCUCCUUCCACCUGCAACCUCUCCCAUUGCACUGCCAACUCUGCCACCCAUUCAGAAACAAAAGAGCAGAGUGACCUCCUCUCCCCCACGGUUGCCCCCCAUUUCAGCUGUUUUUGUUUCUCAUGGCUCUCUAUGUCCACUUGCAAUUAUUCUAACUACUUAGCCAUUCUUUCAAAAUUUUUGAAACAAAAUAUAUGAAAACAAAACAAAACAAAACACUAACGAUCCUCUCUGGGAGCAGAGUGGUGGAUAUUCCAGUGGUAGUAACCACAAUAAAUUAUUUGCUGGCCCCUUGUGUGUGGGGGGGGAAAUCUAUUCCUUCACUCCAUCUAGUUUAUAGCAUUUGGAAUCAAAUUUCCCAUUUUUUUAAAAACAUAAUCCCUUGUUGGGUGCCACUUAUAGCUGGUCUUUGCUACUUUGUGGCUUCUUUUUACCUCCCUUCAUUCCCCCUUUCCCAAUUCUCCCCCUAACACUAGAUAGGAAAGAAGAAAGGAUAGAGGGAAGAGAGAUCCCUGAAUUUAUUUUUUUCUUUGUCCAUGACAACUUACAAACUGUAACUAUCCUCCUUAAAUGACCAGCAAACACCUACCCCACCUCUCCAGGCCCUAGCAUUUAUUUACCCUUUGAAAAGUUCCCAGAAUCCAAAUAUCACACAGUCAUAGAAACUAUCUGCAGCUGGCAAAACCAUGCCUCUGCUAGAGCAAGAUAGUCAGCUGCUGUGGACAGUCUGAAGCAGCCUCAUAUCCCCACACCAGGGAUUAAAUGAAAGCACAUCCUUAUAAUACUAAUACUAAUACUAAUAAAGCCAAAUUCCAGAAUUUUCAUAAAGGCCACCACAAUAUACUUGUAAUCUUAGUUCUUGGGAGGUUGACACAGUGGAAUUGCAAGUUGCAGAGUAGCCUGGACUAUAUAUAGUGACAGCCUCAAUCAAAAGCAGGACAACAGUGACCUAUGAGGUCUAAAGAAAUCAAAUUAUUUGAAUCUUAUUAUAACCCAAAAGAAGAGAAAUAAUUUACACAGAUAUGCUGAUGGAAUUCUAAUUCAGAAAUUAGAUUUGUGUUUCAUGUAAAAUAGCUCAACCCUACUAAUCUUGAUAAAUAAGAAAAGUCCUCAGUAUUUGAGCAGAAUUGAUAAGGAACUUGAGUGGUCAGAAUUGAUAAGGAACUUGAGUGGUCAGAAUUGAUAAGGAACUUGAGUGGUCAGAAUUGAUAAGGAACUUGAGUGGUCAGAAUUGAUAAGGAACUUGAGUGGUCAGAAUUGAUAAGGAACUUGAGUGGUCAGAAUUUCUGACACAUUGUAUGACCAUGAGAGUACUUUGGAUAUGAUACAGAUGACUUUUUUAAAAAUUAUAUAUAUGAAUGCAUGUAUUUUAGACAAGACCAUUGUGGUAGAAGCAGAGCUAUGAAGGUAGAGUGAUCUCCAGCUGGAUUCCCCAGAGACCAGAGACAAAAGGAACAUUCACUCUGAAAACUGUCCAGUAAUACCUGGCUCCCAGGUGAGCCCAGCCCAGGGGGUGUGCGAAUACUUGAACUCAACACUUCAUGGGCUGAGGCAGAAGACUAGCCUGGGUUACAAAGCAAGACCCUGUAAAAAGGUUAUUAAUAUUGUCUAGAUAUUAAUACUGGAAAUUAAUAUGUUGGCAGUUAUUCUGUAACCAGCUAGUUCUCCAAAUAACCACACAGAGACCUUUUAGUUUUUGUUUUUUUGAGACAGGGUUUCUCUGUAUAGCCCUGGCUGUCCUGGCACUCACUCUGUAGACCAGGCUGGCCUCGAACUCAGAAAUCUGCCUGCCUCUGCCUCCCAAAUGCUGAGAUUAAAGGCGUGCGCCAUCACGCCUGGCUGAUCUUUUAGUAUUUCAAAACUUAGGACUAUUUAGGCAGACCCACAACUAGCUUGUCUAAGUUAGCCCAACCACCUAGCCCCAUUCCACCACAUGGCUAGCUAUACCGUCUAGGCCUGUAGUCAGUCAUAUCUGUUUCCUCCCCUAUCUCCUGGUGAAAGGCCUCCCUCUUUCUUCUUCCCAGAGUUCCUUUCUCCUUCCCAGGAAGUCCUGCCUUCCUCUUUCUGCCAAUCACAAGCUUGAGCCUUUUAUUGACCAGUUAACUUGGGGAGCAAGGUUUGCACAACAAAAGCCGGUGUACACGAAAAUUUAGUAGUAUUGGGGCAACUAGACCCCGGGGUAAAGAAUUUUACAUAGUCAAACAUUUUAACAUAUUUAAAUUACAUAGCAGCUCCAGACCAACCCAACAAGACCCCACCCAAAAGUAAAUAAAUAAAAUAAUGACCGGCUGUUUGAGGAUGAUUUCUUCAAAUAUAUGCUACAAAUUUCUCUAUUGCUGAAUUCUGUUUCCAAGAAAAAGAAUGUGCUGAGUGUAGUGGUGUAUGCCUUUAAACCCAGAACUCUGGCGGCAGGAGCACAUCGUCUCCACGAGUUCAUGGCCAGGUUGGUCUGGAUACUGAUUUCCAGGGGUGAUGCAUCCUGAGACCAGCCUCUCUGUAGCUCCAGCGGUCCUAGAACUCUGUAGACCAGGCUGGCCUCAGACUCAGAGGUUCACCUCCCUCCACCUCAAGGCUUGCACCACUGAGCCUGUCUAGAAAGUCAUGAAAGUGUAGCCAGUCUGCUAACACCAGAAACACCAGAACCUGGGAGGUGGAGGUAAGAGGACUAGGAGUUCAAGGCCAGCCGUGGCUACUAGCAAGUCUGAGGCCAGUUUGGGCUAAAUGAGACCUUUUCUCAAAAUAUCAAAAGAAAACAACAGGCUGAAGGUCAGAUCAUCUUUCUUUCCCCAAUAAGAAGGACAGAGGGUAAUUAGAUAGCCUUUGAGGUGUUGAUCAGUGGUAGAGUGCUUGCCUACAUGUGCAAGACCCCAAAUCAUUAGUAAUGACAUAGACUUCUGAACAAGAGGCAGAAAGAUCUUGAAAACUACCUAAAGGCUUCGGCAAUGCUUCCUGUGUGACCAGGACGCCCCAUUUCAGUAUGAGUCAUUGUUUGCUGUAGCCUUCUGCUCAGGGAUGGGUGGUAGUUGUGGUGUCUGCAGGAGAGUUAAAGCCACAUUCAUGCUUGCUGUGGAGGAGGCACCUUGCUGUGCAGAGGUAAGAAGCAAGAGGGAAGACUUUGCAAGUGCGGGCAGCAGGUCCAGCGCUACUAGAACAUGCCUUGCUUUGGGUGCUUUUUAAGGUGCCAGCAGUCCCCAGAUUUUUUUUUUUAAGAUUAUUUUAUGUGUGCAGGUGUCUUGCCUGAGUCUAUGUCUGUGCAUCAUAUGCAUGCAGUGCCCUAAGAGGCCAGAAGGGGGCAUAGAUUCCUUGGACCCAGAGUUUGUUAGUUGUUUUGUGGGUCUGGGAAUUAAACCUGGGUCCCUGGAAGAGCAGUCGAUGCUCAGUGACCACUGAACCAUCUGUAGCUCAGCCCGGGGUUUGUACAGAGGAGUUGGAUUUGUUUGUAGGGACUCAGGCAGAAAUGGUGAGAUAUUACUAAAGGGACUUACUUUCCAUUUGUUUUGUUUUGUUCAGACAGGGUUUUCUAUGUAGACCAGACUGUCCUUGAAGUCACAGAGAUCUGCCUGGCACUGUGCUGGGAUUAAAGGCAUGUACCACCACUGCCUGGGUUGUUUGUUUGUUUGUUUGUUUAAAAGUGAUUUCUAAUCUAUAAUAUAUACCAAACUGGGUUUGGGUGGGGAGCUGAAUUCAAUUUAAAUUCCCUGUAAUCUCAGCAUUUGGGAAGCUGAGGCAAGAACAUUGCAAGUUAGAUACCAGCAGAGAGAGGAGCGAGAAAAUGGGGAGAGAAGGGGGGAGGGAGGGGAAGGGAGAAAAGGGAGAGGAGAGAGAAAGAGUUCAAAAUGUACCUUCCUGUCUCAGGUUGCAGUACCUGGGUUCACUGUAAUGGCAGGGUGGCUGCAUUUAGGUGGCAGUACUUUUAGAGAGUAAAACCUCGUCUUUUAUUGUGUAUUCAAUGAAGCUGCUUCCGGAACGGCUCCUGUAGGGCAGAGAUCACUGACAUCUGUCCUUAUUCAGGCUGAGAUGCCUCAGAACUUGGAGGCAGGAGUGUUUGCCUGAUUCGUCCUGUUUAUACUCCCCUCCAAGGAUCCUUCCCGAUGCAGCAGGUGCGGGCGGCCCCACUUCCAUAGCUUUCUAAGGUUAAUAACAGCUUUCUCCGUUCCGGCCUAAGCUGCUGGAAUUGAGACUGGGCAACAUAAUUUAUUUAUUUAUUUGUUUACCUAUCUAUUUAUCUAUUUAGGUUUUUCAAGACAGGGUUUCUCUGUGUAGCCCUGGCUGUCCUGGAACUCUCUGUAGACCAGGCUGGCCUUAAACUCAGAAAUCUGCCUGCCUCUGCCUCCCAAUACUGGGAUUAAAGGCGUGCGCCACCACUGCCGGCCAAUUUUUAAUUUUGAUGUGUAAACAAAGACAUUCACAGACUUCAAGCUCAGCACCUCUCGAGCAAGUUUUGUUGGGAGCCCAGGAGGUGUGAUUCAUUGUCAUGGUAGUCACUGAAUCAUUUGUUUUGUGAAAGUAACUUAACUAAUUUUCUUUCUGAGAAUCUCAUCGGAUCAACAGUGAAAGCCAAACAAGUCCUCUUAGGUCAUUUAUUCAAGGAAGAUUCCCUGCUUGCUUGUGGGUUGUAUGAUGUAGCUCAGUGGUAGAAUUCUCUUCUACCAGCAUGGGGUCCCAACCCCCUCCCCCCACCCACUCAUGCAUGAAUACACAUGUGCACUUCUCCAGGACAAAAUAUCCUUUGGAGUAUAAUUAUUCUCUGGAAAUGACAUUUCACUUGACUUCCCAACAGGAUUAUGGAAAUGUAUCUUUUUGUGAAUCUAUUUAGCUGGUGCUUCAAGCCACAGUUUGAAUCUCAUUUUUGUUUGUUUGUUUGUUUGUUUGUUUUUUGUUUUUGUUUUGUUUUGGUUUUUUUUUGAGACAGGGUUUCUCUGUAUAGCCCUGGCUGUCCUGGAACUCACUCUGUAGACCAGGCUGGUCUUUAACUCGGAGAUCAUCCUGCCCCUGUCUCCGGAGUGCUCAGACUAAAGGUGUGCACCACUACAGCCUGGCUAGUGUAUGAAUUUAACCUAACAUAGUACCCCAUGCUUUGGUUUUGUUUUUGCCAUUUUUUGUGUUGUUACUCUCUUUCCUGGGUUUGAUCUUUCUUUCUGAACAACAACCCUUUAAGGUCCAGUUAGUCUUCCAGCUUUCCUAGAAAUGAGUUAAGAAGAGGUCUAUUUCCUUGGUAGCAACCAAGGAGCAAAUAUAGCGGUUUUGGGGACAAAUUUUCCCUCCUUAUAACUUGGUUAAUUGGUUUUAAAUCUCUUAGAUGCUCUCUGUUUUGUUCAUGAGAAAAAUGUACUUAAGUUCCUUUUGAAAUAUAUUUCAAAUGAGAAUGAGA